AAGCGCCGGAACCAGAAUCAAUCACAACCAGACUCAAGCACCGACCGAGAUGAACUGCCAACUUGAGGCGUUGGAUGCUCUCUUAAUGGAGGGCGAAAGACUACUGGGCUCGCAGACCGUCGAUAACCCUGCAAGAACCACCCGCAACGUCAUCGUUGGUAUGCACAAUACUCGAGGGAUAGCAAACUGCCGAAACUAUCGCCUUAAUAAGAAAGCCCAGCGUGACGAACUGCGACGGCAAGAGGUAGAGCUACGCCUAAAAUUGUCGCGCCUCCGCCAGUUGAAAAGAGCGAAGAAGGCGAAAGAAGACGCUACCCGAUCGUCGUGUUACCUUCUUUGGAGAGACCUUGCUACUCGGCUGCGAGUGGAACGCAAUGACACUGAAGUUCAGCAGCAGCAGCUACGCUUUGUCGUGAACAACCAAGCCAUGUAUAUUAACGCAAUGCGUGAGAUCCUGGCAGAACGAGUUAACAGCUCGAUGGUCUUCUUCGACACGGAACUAGCAGUUCCUUUCAACUGGUACAUCCAAGAGCUUGAGGCAAGACUCUUGCAAAUGGAUGAAGUCUUUCAUACCAAUAAACUUGUCCACAAACGAGAGUCUGGCGUUGCUGCGGAAGCUUUCUACCCACGAUCCAGACUCGUUUUGCCAUCGAGCGUAUCUGAAACGAGUUACAUCUUUUGGCAGAUCGGCCAGCAGCUUUUCAGCGAUAGACAAGACUAUGUGCACUACCAAGACGCCAACUAUCCGGAUAACACGAUUAUAGCGAGCUUCGUCGACACGGAUAAGCAGGAAACCGGAGAGACAGGGUCGAGACUGCAACGCUUUAUAAGCCGCCGAUUCGUCCAAGACACUCAACUAUCGUUCUGCUGGAAGCUCAUUGCCGACGGAGAUGGGUUUUACCGGGGUGCGAAAACGGAUGAAACAGGUUGGUGCCGAUUCUUUCCGUCUGAAGAUGCAAAUGAGCCUGGGACUGUAGUUGAAAUUUGCGUUCGUCGCGUUUCGGUUCCUUUCAGCGGACCAGCACCAGAGUCGUCGGUUGUGAACGCGUUCCAUAAGGUGUUGCAUGAAGACAGCAAAGGAGUCUUGAUGCACAUCGUGACCACCAUGGAGAACACACUACUUGAUAAAGCAUUGACCAACAUCAGUCGAUUACCCGCAUGACGGGUUCUUUCGCAGUGGCUCAUCAUGAUCAUAGCAAGCGGUGAUUGCUUUUAAAUGGACGAGUUAAUAGUACGUACGUCAGAUCUUGUGUACAAAUGUUGCAGCCGGGACCAACAGGAAGCUAGAUUGUUGAGUUGAUUUUGCUGUCUCGGUAUAAUUCGUGUCUUGAUGCCAUCGGAGCUAAUGUGCCUUGACUCAGAAUAUGAUUCGCUGCCUGAAUCCAAGCUGAAAAAAAAAAUCAGCAAGAUGCUGAGAUUGUUCAAUUGUGCCAUAUAGUGUGAUUUUUGUACUCGUCAGCAUUCUUCAUCGUGAUUGCAGACUACUUU